AUGGCUUCGACGAUCCUCCCAAAGCCUGCUGUCCAGCAGCUUAAGGAAGACCUGCUGAUGUUGAAACCGGCAAGGAGCGCGAGCAUCGACACCCAUGUGAUAUGGGGCAACCUGAAACGAAGCCAGUGGAACGCCUGGCAGACAGAAAGACCACCAGAGCAUCUCCGCACGUUCGGGAUGCCAUGGACUGACCGCGGCGUGGAAACCGACGUCUUCGAAGGGGCACAGCAAACGUACUAG